CAGAAUAAUUAUAAAUAAAAAUGUUUGUCCAGUACCUCGUUCUGUUUCUGACAAUAUUUCUGUCGAUAGUAAAUACUGAUCCGAUGUACGAAGACGAAUUACGGUUGAACGGUAAAUUAUUAUCUAAUUAUACGAAACAUAUAAGACCUGUCAUUAAUUUAACUACAUCGGUCGAUAUAAAUGCAGAAUUAUAUCUUGACGAACUCUAUGAUUUGGACUUUGUAAACAGUAUACUUAAGGCUCGGUUUUGGAGUGAACUGCAAUGGAUGGAUGAAUUGUUGAGAUGGAAUCCAUUAAACUAUAAUAAUAUUACGCGUAUCUAUCUACCUAAAGAUAAGAUAUGGAUCCCGUCUACUACAUUAUCCAACUCAAGAACGGAAACAAUAUAUAAAAAUAGUUGUCAGGAUGUAGUUGUGUAUUCCAAUGGAUCUGUGGAAAUGGCGUCAGCCAUAUUACUGCAUGCCGAUUGUGAAAUGAAUGCUUACAGUUAUCCUUUUGAUAAACAGAUGUGUGAUAUUUCUAUUUAUAUACCAACGUAUGAACCUCAACAUAUAAAAAUAAAAAAAUUGCUUUGCAGUAAAGCAGACUUUUUACGCAAUUAUCAAUGGGAUAUCACAUUGUUUUGCGACCCAGAUGGCAUAAAGGAAAAAUACAACUACGCAAAUGCUACGAUGUACUUACGUCGUAAAUUGAAUUCAAGUACCAUUGCUAAGUUGAUUCCGACAAUAAUGAUGACUAUUUUGACUAUCUUCGUUUUCGUUCUACCUCCAGAAUCUGGUGAGAAAGUUUCUUUAGGUACGAUGAUAUUUUUAUCAAACGUCUUGUACCUUGUUGAAAUCGAGAAAACCAUACCGAUAAAUUCAAAAAGACCCUCGCUUCUUGUUUUAUAUUUAAUGGUAUUAUCCUUGUUAAGUGGUAUCGCUACAAUUGGUUCGGUGGUUAUAAGCAAGUUAUAUGUAAAUCAGUCGUCUGAUAAUAUCAAAUCGCAUCAAAGUACUAUGUCCUCGCACAUUAAUCAAGUUACAGAUAUUUCAAUAAUAUCUAAAGAAGAAUCCAAUCCUUCUGUACUUAAAAAAGACAUGCCAAGAAAAAAAACGAAAAAAUAUAUUUUCCGUUACAACCAACUUGAUGACAUAUUUCUAAAAUCUAUCAUUAUAAUAACGGUAUCAUUUUCAACUGCAUUUAUUUGUCUUAGUCUUGGAAAUUUAGGGUAUUUUUAA